GCUAAAGCUGAAUGACAUGUAUGCCCUGCCCUCCCAGUCCAAGUGAUAUCAGAGGAGCAGAUUGGAGGGUUUGAUUGUUCUGCAGGCUGGCAAGGAAGCAAAGUUCUCUUGGGAAGUUUAGCAAGAAAUCAUGAGAUAUAUGAGGUGGAGGUUUCCUAAGGUGUCCUGGCUGUUUUUAUCAACCAUUUUGUUCCUUGUUCUCUUUCUUGCUGCCUACAUUGGCUUUCUAGAAAAACAUCCACGCAGUCCGUUUUCUUAUUUCCAUUGUGCCACCGGAGUACCACAAGGGGACAUCCAAAAGGCUAUCCUGGCACCCGUAACUGCCAGUAGAGUGACACCAGUGUUUCCAGAUCCGAUACUGGGGCCAAACAGCUCUCGACUGGAGCAAGAUGCUAUUAAAAGAUUGGGAGCCAUCAAAUUACAUGUCCAAAAUGCUCCAUUCAAAGGCUCAACAAAACCAAAGGAGAAGAAAACCAGGAAUAAGAAUAUCAUCUCAGUAACCAGUAGAAAGGUGGCUGAAGACAAGUUAUGGUCCACCCCAAAUAAGAAUAAAGAGAAAAAUAAAAGUACCAUGCCAAAACACCAUGGAAAGAAGCAAGCUGAAACCAUAAAUACGACACAAGCAUUCAGUCCAAAGCAGACUGUGAAGAAGGAUGCAACCAGAACAUCCGAUCUACUGCAGCUUCAAGGAGGAAACAUCAUAGCACUCCCCAAUACAAACCAAACCAAGAAGAAACAAAGCAGAGAACCAAACACAACUGGAAUACACUCUGCCAAAGUGAAGCCAUUUUCUGUUGUCACGAGUCACAACGCAUCUACUGCUAAGGUUCAACAGACCACACAUCUAAUUCCCAGAAACAGGUUUAAAGCAUCUGACUUCAAAUCUCAGCCCCAUUGGGAUUUUGAAGACCAGUAUCUCCUAGACAAUUCAGUCACACAAUCAAGCUGUCCAGAUUCCCUGCAGGUCAAGGCUGCCAGAUCUGAUUGGCUAAAGGAUGUUUUCCUACCCAACAUCACUCUGUUCAUGGACAGGAGCCAUUUCAGUGACAGUGAAUGGGAGCGUAUGGAACAUUUCCAACCACCUUAUGGUUUCAUGCAGCUAAACUAUUCACUGGUGAAAGAAGUCAUAUCCUUGCUUCCCCCUAAACCUUACUACCAAAUGCUCUGGGCUCACAACAGCAGUAACCAGACUUCCCGAUGUAUCACCUGUGCAGUCGUAGGGAAUGGCGGGAUCUUGAACAACUCAAAAAUGGGCCAGGAGAUUGACUCCCAUGACUAUGUGUUCCGAGUGAGUGGGGCCGUGAUGAAGGGCUAUGAGGCAGAUGUGGGAACAAGAACAUCCUUCUAUGGAUUCACAGCUUACUCCAUAAUGGCUUCUCAUGUGUUACUGCGGAACCGUGGAUUCCAGAAGAUCCCCAUGGGAGAGGAGAUCAAGUACCUUCAUUUCUUGGAAGGCGGAAGAGAUUACGAAUGGCUGAAAGCUCUUCUACUGAACGUGAAAGUCAGGAAGGGGUUUUUGGACCAAUACGGGCCAAGGCCUCGGGAUGUAUUCAAUCCCAAUUUCAACCUUGAUAAGUAUUUUGUCAUUCAUCCAGAUUUUAUCAGAUACAUGAAAAACAGGUUUUUAAGGUCCAAAAAUCUAGAUAAAUCCUACUGGGGAAUCUAUAGACCCACAACAGGUGCCUUCAUUUUGUUAACUGCACUCCAUCUCUGUGACAAGGUAAGUGCAUAUGGGUACAUCACAGAAGGCUACCAAAAGUAUUCCGAUCAUUAUUAUGAUAUGCAAUGGAAGCGCUUGAUCUUCUACACCAAUCAUGACUUUGAUCUGGAACGGAAGGUGUGGAAAAGGCUUCACGAUGAACAGAUCAUGAAACUCUACCAGCGAACAUGACAAGAGACAGAGCCUUGACUGUGACCCCCUACCUUUGGGACAAAAAACUUUGGAGACAGGGAUCUUAUCUGGAUUCAAGCCAUAUUUUUAUUUCUACAGAGUAACUCCUUGGGUCUAAAGACCUUGUAUCUAUACAGUUAACUCCUCCAAGACAUCAACACCAUUGUAUAUACCAGAAUUAAAUAUUUUUCCCAAACCCAUUUGGGUCAAAU